GAAAAAUUACGUAUGAUAAGUAGAAGAAACAGUCAACGUUCCUGGUCUGCGCCUGUAUAAGGCGCCUUUGUCCUUGACCAAGCCACCUCAACCGUCGUGUUGGGUGUAGAAGCCAACUACCUUUUCAGGUGUUACAGCCUAGCCAGGUUAGUAUAAAAUCAUGGAGGAGGUAAAGGCGGCGGAAGCAGCUGCAGAUCAGGUCCAGCACGCCACAGAACCCGCUGCGGCAGAGGAGCAGGCUGCUGGUGCUGCUGUUGAGGCUGAAAUGGCAGAUGCUAGCAAGGACGUUUCCGGGCAGCAGGCUGACACUGUAAAGAUGGAAGUGAACGGCGACGCCGCGAACGAGGGCCAGCCUGCAGAGCCGGAGUCUGGUCCGGCAACGGAGGCAGCCCCAAAGGAGGCAGCUUCACCGGAGACCGAUGCCGUUGGAAAGGACGUGGCGGGUGCUCUUGCGGGCCCUGAAAAGGAUACAGCAGCUGAUCCUGAUUUUGGCCCCGAGGAGUGGGAAUCAAUGGACAUACCCGUCGAGUUUCGACCGUUGCCGAUUCUACGUGUCCGCAACAUCAACUUGGAGGCGAAGCCGGAGGACGUCAAGAAGCUGUUCGAAGACAUCGGCAUCCCAGUGCACAGCGUGUUCUACGACAACGUAGAGCGCAACAAGAAUGUUGCGCUCAUGCGGUUGGCACCACCGCCGUUGCCGUGGAAGCUCUCGAAAGAGGAGCUGGAAGCGAACCCGCUUGACGAGGCGCUGAAGAAGUACAUCGAGGUGAAGGACCAGGAAGCGAAGGAGGCCGCGGCCGCUGCGGCUGCGGCUGCCGAAGCUGAAAAAGCAGCUGCAGAGGCUGCGGCUGCUGAGGCAGCGGCCGCUCAAGCGGAAGCGGUUCAGCCUGAUGCUGCUGCCACAGAGGAUGCUGCUGCUGCUGUGCCGGGUGGGGGGGAGGGCGAAGCAGCGGCCAGCAGCGCAGCUGCACCAGCGGAGGAGAUGGAUGCUGCGGCUGGCAGCGCUGCGGCGCCUGCAGAUUUCUCCGAGGCGCCCGCCGCCGACCAAACGGAAGCCCCGGCAGCUGCUGAGGAGGCCACAGGUAAGGCCGAGGACAAAACAUCGGAGCCGGCUGGGGAUGCCACCGCGCCAGCCGCCAGCGGAGAUGCCCAGACAGCGGCGGGCGCCGAAGCCCAGCCAGCGGCCCCGACGCCCAUGCGGCCAGCGCUGCAAGUGGACGACGGCCGCUCUGACGGCGACGUCCUGAAGGUGGCGCGCUACACCGCCAUGCGCCUGAACGCGCUGCAGUACCCACUUCACCUCAUGGGUGACCGCCUGAUGAUCGACGCGCCCUCGCUGCAAUGCACGCUGUACCUGGGCAACGUGGUGCAGAACAGCGAUGAGCAGCUCAAGAGCCACUUGGAGGCGCUGGGCCGUGUCAGCCGCUGCUUCAUCAUGCGUGGCGCCUCGGGCGAGUCCAAGGGCUAUGCCUUUGUGGAGUACGCCACGCCUGCUGAGGCGCUGAAGGCGAAGGAGUCGUUGGAGGCCCAGAGCCGCAAGGCCUUCCAGGACAUGAUGGCGCACAAGAACGACCUGCAGCGCCAGCGGGGCCGGGCCGCCAGCACGGUCGCCGGCGCUGGCGCCACGCCCGCUGCAGCCAGGACUGACGCGGCGGCGGGCGAGCAAGCUGCGGCAGCAGGCGAGAGCAAGGAUGCGGCAGCUGCGGCCCAAGAGGGCGAAGAGCCGGCCGUUAAGGAGGAGGCCGCGUCGACUGAGGAUGCGGCGGCUGCAGGCGAGGCUGCGGCGGCGGUCGUUAAGCCUGAGGCGGAUGCGGAGAUGAAGGAGCAGGAGGCGCCUGCUGCGGAUGCUGCCGCAGUAAAGGAGGAGGCGCCCGCUGCGGAGGUCAAGCAGGAGGAGCAGCCGGCCGUAAAGCAGGAGGGCGAGGAGAAGCAUGUGGAGGAGCAGCAGCAGUCUAAGGCGGAGGAAGGUGACGAGGGAGACAAGGAUGGUCACGCGCAGGUUCAGCACGCCAGCAAGAUCAUGCGCGCCGAGUUUACCCACACGCGGCGCGUUCAGGACCUCUUCUCGCGCAACCUUUACCUGGCCAGCCUGCCGAUGUCGUUCAGCGACGAGCACCACCUGCGCAAAGUGUUUGGUGAGUUUGGGCCCGUCACGAACGCGUCCAUCACGCGCGGCCCCCAAGGCUACUCCAAGGGCUUCGGCUUUGUGGAGUUCAUGCGCUCGGAUCAUGCUGCCGCUGCGAUGAAGGCUCUGGACGGCAAUGAGGUGCCGCUGCUGGGCAAGCUCGCUAUCUCCUUCGUCAACCCCUCGAAGCAGACAGAUCGCAGGAACCAAGGGCAGAUGGGUGGGCGCGGCGGCCGGUACGGCGGCAUGGGCGGCCGCGGCGGCAUGAUGACCCCUAACUUCCAUGGAGGGCCCGGCCCGCGAAACGCGCCGUACUAUGCAGGCCGUGGAUCGUACGGCGCUCCACCGCCGCCGCCGUACGGCAUGAGCCCGAUGAUGCGCGGUGGGCAGGGUUCGUACGGCUAUGGGCGCGGUGGACGCGGGUACGGCGGCGGCUACGGCGGUGGUUACGGCAUGGGAGGUGGCUACGGCAUGAUGGGGAUGGGCGGGUAUGGCUACGGUGGGGGCAUGAUGGGCCGGGGCGGUUAUGGUGGCUACGGUAGCGGUGGCGGGUACGGUGAGGGCUAUGGCUACGGUGAGGGCUACGAUGGCUCAAGCACGGGUGCAGGCGAGGGGCGCAGUGGCCAGCAGCAGCCACAGUCGCCUUCCUCGCAAGGACAGUCCCAGCGCAGCGGCUACGGCGGCGCUGCCUCUGCAAGCGGCGCCUCCGCAGGCGCCGGGUACGGCAGCGGAGCCUACGGUUCCAGUGGGUAUCAACAGCAGCAACAGGCGGGGACCUCUGGCUCGGCCCAGGGCUAUGGUGGAGGCCAGAGCGCUGGGUACGGCGCUAGCUACGGCCAGGCAUCAUCCCAGCAGCAGUACUCGAGCCAGGGAGCCGGCUAUGGGGGUCAGGCAGGCGGCUACGGCAGCCAGGCUCAAGGGUAUGGCAGCUACGGAGCGCAGGGGUACGGCAGUCAGAGCUCUGGGUACGGCGGCCAACAGCAACAAGCGCCUGCUGCGGCUGCGGCAUCUGGGUAUGCUAACCAGCAAGCGGCUACGGGAACGUACCCAACGUCCUACUCGGCCCCUGCCCAGACGUACGGAGCUGGCGGUUACGGUGCAGCCUCUGGUUCGGCUCAACAGCCUGCCUCAGGAUACAGCGCCGCGGGCCAGGCUAGCGCCGGCUACGGAUCCCAGCAGGCGGCCACUAGCUACGGCGCGACACAGUCCCAGGCGGCACCUGCAUCCUACCCUACGUCGUACUCCGCGGCCCCGCAGGCUUACGGGGCGUCGGCGGCAGCCCCCCAACAGCAGACUGGUGCCUACAGUGCAACAACCCAAGCCGGUUACAGCCAGGCUGCCCAGCCUGCGGGCUACGGCGCCGCGUCUACUUAUGGGGCGUCAGCGGCCACAGGAUACGGGACCUACGGGCAAGCCACGGGUUACGGCACCACUGCUCAGCAGCCAGCGGCUUAUGGAGCCGCUUCUUACGGUCAGCAGCAGCAGGGCCAGCAAGCCUACGGGAGCUACGGACAGCAGGCCGGCGGGUACGGCGCAGCGGCUUAUGGUCAGCAGGGUCAGCAAGCGGGACAGAAGCGCGAGGGCGACGCCUACGCUUCCUACGGCGCUGGUUAUGGUGCGGACUACAACAAGCGCCCCCGUUACUAAGCAAACAUAGUAACCGUGUCCCUAGCAUGCGGAUCAUGUUCUGCGUGUGAUGUGCGUGUGUUGCCUAACGCUUUGCCGUGCCCGUUGCGCCUAUCCGGCAUGCUGAACAGCCAUGUGCGUGUGAGCGUCAUUAGCACCUGCGGUGUUUGAGCUGCGUAACCCCUGCGGUCUGAUGCGAUAUGGGGCUGCCUUUUGCGCGCCCAUCCCCCAGCAUCCCAGUUGGCCUUAUCGGUGCAUUUGCCCCUUGCACAAACGCUUUGUAUGGCCUGAGAGGAAUGCACAGAGAGCUUGGGGGAAAGCGUCCGCUGCAUGUGCUUAGCGUGUCGCUGUUGCAAUUUUUCGGGACUGCGUUUCAGCUAGUGCUAAGCAAGUAGAGUUAUGCUGCUCUGGGGGAAAGCGCCAUGCGCUGCAUGGAUAUAUUGUGAAAGGCUCGGGCGUACCAUCCUUCAGGAGGGAGCUGAAAACGAGUCUGAGCUGGGUUUAGGAUGCAUGCUCUUUCAAUUGGGGAUAUUGGCACCCAUGUUGGGGGCUGGGGUCGUGCCGUGAUGUUAGGUACCUCCCCUUUCCUACGGGGUGUAGUAGCCUGUUGUGGAUUUCAGUUAUGUUGGGCGUUGUCAGUCAACCUUGGGACCUAAGAGUUGCACGCAUGGGUUUGAAUGGAUUGGACGAUUGUUUGUGGGGGUCCAAUUAGGUUUCAGACAAUGCAAACGCUUUCAUGCAAGUAACAAAAGAGAG